UACCGAAUCUGCUUUCAGCCUCGCACAGACACAGAGCAAGAUCACAGCACUACUGGAACAGCUGCACUCAGGGCUGCUUUCUCCAACACUCCUGCACUCUCUCACUCUAACAGACACACACAGGCACGUCCAGAACUCUACCACGCAAGCGCUCCUCACACACUCAGGCAGGCACACCCCCUCUCAUUAUAUGUGCAGUGAGAAGCUCUGCUCUGCUUGUGUGGGUGUGAGCAGUGGGCUGUGUUUCUCUCUGGCAGCAACAGCAGCACUAGCAGCAGGACUGGUCCAGUGGAGGGCAAUCACCUCACUCUCUCCAGACUCCAGGACAGCUCACCCCCAGGACUCGGGAAGCCCUCAACAAGCCUUUCUCUCUCUGUUUCUUGUUCUCUCUAUCUCUCCAUUCUCACUCUCUCUCUGCCUCGCCGUGACGCAGUGUUUCUGACCUUCAUUCCCCUAGUGCACUCAGUGUGGACCAGUGGGACAGCCAUGGAGGAUACCCUCACCUGCAGCCCCGCCACCUUUUCCCAGGUGUUCGGACGUCAGGGACAGCUCAUGCAGGCCACGGUCCAGUCCCUGAACAGUCUGAAUGACCAGAUAGCCCACUUCAUGAUGACCAGGCCCGGCACUCUGUCCCGGGAGGACGAGGCCUUCAUGCCUGAAGAGAGAGACACCUUGAAGGAUUCCAUGGCCCUGAUGAGGCACCUACUGUUGGACGCACAGGGGAAAAUCCUUAAAAUGAUGGAAGACAACAAGCAGCUGGCUCAGAGGAUCGAUGGGGCCAUCCAGUCUGCCAGUCAGGAGGUAACCAACCUGCGCUCAGAGCUGUCGGCCACCAGCCGUAGACUGGCAGAGCUGGGGGCCAGCAGCCCCCCCUCGCCCCUGGUGAACAACCAUCAGCACCACCACGACCAUGACAGCCUCCGCUACCGGGAUCCUGCCGGUAAUUACAGGCAGAAGUCGGUGGUGAGCGAUAUCUGUUACCAGACAGAGAUCUCCAGCCUCAUGGACUUUGGGACUCCAGACUCCUCGCUUGAUAAAGUGUUGCUGCGUGAGGAGGUGGCCCAGCUGCAGGAAGAGGUGCACCUGUUGCGGCAGAUGAAGGACAUGUUGAGUAAGGACCUGGAGGAGACCCAGGGCCAGGGAGGCUGCUCCUCCAACCUCCUCUCUGACACUGAGCUCCGCGUGCAGAUGGGAGACAAGGAGCAGGAGCUGGACCGAGUCAAGGAGGCCUUACAAGCUAUGAAGUCUGACCGUAAGCGUCUGAAGGUGGAGAAGGCAGACCUGGUGAACCAGAUGCAGCAGCUGUACACCACACUGGAGAGCCGGGAGGAGCAGCUCCGAGACUUCAUACGCAACUACGACCAGCACCGAAAGGAGAGUGAGGAUGCAGUGAAGGCCCUGGCUAAGGAGAAGGACGUGCUGGAGAGGGAGAAAUGGGAUCUGAGGAGGCAGACCAAAGAGGCCACAGAGCAGGCCUGCAUCCUGCGCUCUCACAUGGACAUUAAGGAGAACCGCAUCAAAGAGCUGGAGGCUGAACUCACCAUGGCAAAACAGUCCCUGGCCACGCUGACUAAGGACGCGCCGAAGCGCCAGUCCCUGGCCAUGCCCUCAGAGCCGGUGGUGAACGGCAGUCAGGAGUGGGCGAUGCAGGGAGACCUGCCCCUCACCGCUGCCAUCCGCCAGAGCCAACAAACACUCUACCACGGACACACUGUGGACCGCCAGGCGGUGGUCAGGGUCAGUCCCUGUCACUCCCGCCAGCCCUCUACCAUCUCGGACGCGUCGGCGGCUGACGGGGAUCGGUCGUCCACCCCCAGUGACAUCAACUCCCCCCGCCAUCGGACACACUCCCUCUGCAAUUCUAUGGAGGACCUGGAGGACCAGAAGCGUAAGACCAAGAAGAAGGAGAAGAUGUGUCUGGGCUCCCUCUCCCGGGUGUUUGCUCGGGGAAAGCAGCGCAAGUCAAUGGACCCGGGCCUGUUUGAUGACACUGACAGCCUCUCCAGCCUAUCGACACAACAGCACAGCCUAUCAGAUGGAGAGGAGCAGCUGGACCGCCUCCAGCAGGCAGAGCUCACUCGGAACAUGCCCAUGUCACUGUGGAAGGCAGGGGUAGUACAAGCCUGGCUGGAGGUUGUCAUGGCAAUGCCCAUGUAUAUCCGUGCUUGCACGGAAAACGUCAAAAGUGGCAAGGUGUUGCUGGGGCUGACAGACGAGGACCUGGAGCUGGGACUGGGUAUCAGUAAGCCCAUGCACCGCAGGAAGCUACGCCUCGCCAUCGAGGACUACAGGGAGGCAGAGGCUGGCCAGGGGCUAUCAAAGGCUGCAGAAAUGGAUCAUCACUGGGUUGCCAAAUCUUGGUUGAGUGACGUCGGGUUGCCACAGUAUUCCCAAGCCUUCCAAAAUCAACUGGUGGAUGGUCGGGUGCUCAACUCCCUCAGCCGACGAGACCUGGAGAGACUCCUGAACGUCACCACAGAGUCCCACCAAAACAGCCUGCUCCUGGCUAUACAGCUCCUGCAACUGAUCAACUUCAACAAAGAGGUGCUGCAGGCUCGCCGGGCCCAGUGUGAGCACCAGCACCAGGACCCUGUAGUUUGGACCUGCCACAGAGUCAUGAAGUGGAUCAGAGACAUAGACCUAAAAGAGUAUGCUGACAGUCUCCAUGGCAGGGGAGUCCAUGGUGCUAUGCUGGCUCUGGACCCCUCCUUUGAUGCAGAUGCCAUGGGCAGGGCCCUGGGAAUCCCCAGCCACAAACACAUGCUCCAUCGGCACCUAUAUGAGGAGAUGAAGGCUCUCGCCAUCCCUGCCAGGCAUAGUCGUGUUGAGCAGGAUUGUGAUAAGUCGGGAACCCCACCACAAUCACCUUCUGUUGUUAGCCGCUAUAAUGACGAGAGUGUCUCCAUGAGACGAAGACCAGGCAAGAGUCCUCUAAGGUUCAGCCCAAAGACAGCCAUUGGACGGGGCCUUGGUUACCAUGGCAGCUGUGGAUCUCUGCCCAGAGAGGCGCGGGUGCAGGCUGUGCCCAGGACGAAGGGCAGUCCCAUGCACACCUACAACAGUGUUGAGAUCACCAAUGUCUAAACUAUGCAGAGCCACCAAGGAUUUCAAUGCAGUUUCCAUUUAGCCUGAGGUGGAUACUGGUGGUUGGACUCAGAAUCAACAUAAUACCUGCUUGUUGACAGUCUAAGUUUUCAUCUUAUUUUUUGGAAUUAAAAUCUUUUUCAACUUUAGAGACAUUUUCUUUCUUUUGUUGUACAGUAAAUGUCAAUAGAUCAGUGGACGUAAUGCCUUAUGUUUGAAUCGGGAAAACUAUGAAAAUGUGGUAACAUUCAAAAUUCCACAUUGCAACACUGGUGCCAUGUUUCCUUUCUAAGAAUGAACAUCACAACAUUUCUUUAUCAAGGCAUCUGUUGUAACAUCUAUCAAGGAACAUUAUGCUAAUAAUGUGUUUCCGCAUAUCAAACAAAAUAAUGUUGACCUGUAAAGGAAAAAGUCACUUCUGGGCAAUAAAACAAACCAUCCCAAGUCCAUGGAGGCUGAAAGUGGUCUGUUCCUGAUGUUGAUGAAAAUGUGGCCAUGCGAGGAGGACACAUGGAAGGAAGACAGACGCCUGAUGUCCUGGUUCUUUGAUGUCUAUGCCCUGUUUCCUGUAUCUCACUGUCUGGCCUGCCUCCCCCUGCAGGGGUCUGAUGUUGGCAUGCCUGGGUUUCCUGUAUCUCACUGUCUGGCCUGCCUCCCCCUGCAGGGGUCUGAUGUUGGCAUGUAUAGGUUUCCUGUAUCUCACUGUCUGGCCUGCCUCCCCCUGCAGGGGUCUGAUGUUGGCAUGCCUGGGUUUCCUGUAUCUCACUGUCUGGCCUGCCUCCCCCUGCAGGGGUCUGAUGUUGGCAUGUAUAGGUUUCCUGUAUCUCACUGUCUGGCCUGCCACCCCCUGCAGGGGUCUGAUGUUGGCAUGCCUGGGUUUCCUGUAUCUCACUGUCUGGCCUGCCUCCCCCUGCAGGGGCCUGAUGUUGGCAUGCCUGGGUUUCCUGGCUCAAAAGUUGCAGAUGACUACUACUUGGAACUUGGAACCUGUUCUUUGGAACCCUCCAUUCACUGGGUUCUGUGUAAGGUUAUCAUUACAUUCUAUAUUGUGAGAGACAACAGCCGUGAAGAGAAUUAGGUGUGGGGGAGCAGAGCUUUCUCUUUGUUCAAAUAGCUCAAAUGUGGCUAAGAGGUACAGAUAAAAACCUAAUCAAAUGUUAUUUGUCACAUGCUUGGUAAACAACAGGUGUAGACUAACAGUGAAAUGCUGACUUACAGGUCAGUUUCCAACAAUGCAGAGUUAAAGAUAAAAAAUGUAAUAAAAAUACAGACUACAGCUUGAUAUGUUUGUCAUAAAUAUUCUUAACUUUACUGAAAGCAAUAAAAGCACUUCACUUCCAUGUGUCACUGUAAAUAUGGGGGAAAUAAUGUAUUACAAUAUUACUCAUCAAUUCAUUAGAAGGUAAAGAUUUAGCUACAGUGUGUCUCUCUGUGUCACAGAGAUUACAAUGUUGUAAAUGUUUGUACAUUUUGCAUUGCAGAUAAUCAAGGACCUCAAAGAAAAGAACAGUUAAAUAAUACCAUGGUUUAGAAUGUCUUCAAAGGACAGAAUGUCAAGGGAAAUCUUUGUUUUAUUUUCAAUAACUAAAUUAUCUUUACCACACAUGAUUGUAGCAAGAGUGCAUGCGGCGCCUAGGGCGAUGCGCCUAGGGGAGGGAUCUCCUCUGGGCCCCGAAGGACGGGACGAUGAUCUAUUCAGAAGAGCAGGAUGAGGUGAGCUUGAUAAAUACUCACCCCCCUCCUGUACAAGGGACUGAAGACAGCCUUUUAACAAAGUGACUUUUUAACAUGGUUUUUCAUGUCUUAAAAAUGUUUUACCUUUGUUAGAUCAUUAGUACACAUUUUAAAUGGCUUUUACAGAUUUGAUGUUUUUACAAGGAAAGUACUUUUAUCCAUGGUUGUUUUCAUUGGUUUUAACAACAUGUACUUUUUAACAAAUUUAAAUGUAACUUUCAAAUGCUGUGUUUUAUGCUUUGUUGCCGUUUUUAUGUGUAUCAAUGAUGUAAAAAAUGUAUGAGCUGUUUUUAAAGGAAAUGUGUCAAUAAAACUUUUCCAAAA